GCCCCUUUACUGCGCAUGCGCUGACUGUUGCUUGGUGUUGGGACGCCAUUUCGAAAUUCUGCAAGACGCAGACGACAAGUCCUCUCACUUCCUACUUCUCACUACAAUUCCACUCAAACAUUGACGCUUUUAACUGUGAUAUGGAGAACACAGUGAUCUCGUCGACAGACUUCAAUUUUGUUCUGCCCUUCGGGGGUUCUGUAAAGCCGCAAGGGGUGUGGUCGUAAAAGCCGCCCUCCCCAGGCCACAUCGGUCUGAAGCUGGAAGUUUAGGCACACCUGCUGAGCUGGUACACCUGUUGUUUUCCUCUCGACAUGACGUUGGAAAGGAGCCACCUGUCGAAGAGUAUGCUAAGCUCCCUGGUACAGACCAGGUCCAUUGAGCUGGUACUAGCGCCCAUCGCUACCCAGGUGUCCCAGCUGAUUAUUGCCAAUGAGAGCUGUGAGCGCAGAGAUGGCCAGUCCCCCACCUGGCCCAACCUGGUGCCCAGUGCAGAACAGGUCAUGAACACACUGGAGGAGCUGGUGUCUGCAGCAGAGAAGGCCACACAGGAGUCAGCUGAUGAGGAGCUCCUGGUAGCGAUGCCUGCUGCCUGUGAGAUGCUGUCCACAGCUGGCAGGAACACGCUGCUGGCUGCCCAGAACCUGCAGACCGAGUCUGUCACCCCUGCAGCGCGGGCAGCUCUGGUACAGUCCCUACGGAACGUCCUGCAGGGCACCAUGAAGGUGCUACUUGUGUGGGAUGAUGCAGAAGUGAGGAAGAUUGUCCAUGCAGCACACUGGGUCCUGGAGAGGGUGAACGUCAUGAUGACUGCUUCCAACAUGAAGGGGCUGGUGGCCUGUUUUAAGGGAUUUUCUGAGGCUGUGAUGCUGUUGGCCAACCUGACAGACAAGCGUCAGCAGGAGCUGACCAACCCCCGGCAGCGAGAGCGGACUAUCACUGCCAUGAUGGCGCUGAAGAAGUCUGUCCCCAUGCUCAGCACUGCCAUGCAGACAUAUGUCAAGUACCCCAACAACCCACAGGCAAAGGCAAGCCGAGACUAUGUUGCCAAUCAGGUGCGCACAGCUGCGAGGGAAAUUGUGGCAGCUGUAGAGAACAGGAAUGUGGACGAUGAUGAAAUGGAAGAGCCUGGACACUUUGCACUAGCCUUGGACAAGGUUAUUCGUAUGCUGUCCUCGGAUGACCCCCAGUUCCUGCCGGAGGAGCUUGACAGUGAACUUGAGGCUGUUGUACGACAUGCGAUGCUGGUGGCACAUGAGUCUCACACUGAGACCAAAGACCAGAUUGUCAGGACCUGCAAAAAGGUGUUUAAGAUCAGGAAUGAGGUGGCCCAGCUGUUAACAUCUGUGGAGGAACACCCUGAGUUUCUACAGCUCAGAAACGACUUCUCCAGUGCCUGUAACGAUCUGAUUGGUGAGGCAGAUGAGCUGGAUAAGUUGGUGAGCAGUGCUGUACUACAGCAGGUUGUGGACACAUUUGUGGAGACUACAGAACCACUAGAGAGGCUACUCAGGGCUGCAGCACAGGGAAACAAGAGUGAGUCCCCUGUGACUGAGAAGGUUGCCCUGACACUGUUGGGUCCACAUAUAGACGACUUCACCAGCCACCUGGACCAGCUGCUGCAGCUGGCCAGCUUUGCAGCUGCCAGCUCCAUGGACUCAAGGAGGGUGAGAAUAGUCCGCUCAUCCAUACGACAACUGGAAAGUCUGGACCCGGAGGUUCAGCCCACGGUUCUGGCGCUGUGUCGGAAUCCGUCGGACAAGGCAAGUGUGGAGCACGUGAAGCUGGUGCGACGGGAGUGGUUUAAUGAGGUGAACAGCCUGGUCACUGCUGUGGACGAGAUGCUCAACACUAAGGAGUUUAUGGAGGUGACAGAGGAGAGUAUGGAGGAGGAUAUCCAUCAGUGUAAGGAUGCUAUGCACCAGCAGGAUGAGGGUCAGCUGAAGAUGGCGGCUGCCACCAUGAUGGGCCGUACCCGCCGUGUUAUCCAGAUCACCUCCAACCACAUCGACAACAGUGAUGACCCUAUCUACCGAAAUGGUCUCCUGGCAUGGGUCAAGCAGUUGGAAAAAGCUAUGAUCCCAGUGAAAACAGCUGCUAACAAGUGUGUAGCUAACAUGUCGGAUGUCCGAGCCCACGACUCACUCGCUGCGGCAUCUCAGGAACUCCUGACCGUGGUGUCAAAGGUCAAGGAUGCCCUGCAAGGAAUGGAUCAUCCUGAGAUCCUGAGUCCCAUGAGGGAGGGCCUGAGGUCAUCACGACAGACAGCUGAUAAAACAGUGAGGGGAAAACACACAAAGUCAUGUACGUUGUGUAGGUGCACACAUACAUCGUUUGUGGUCAGAUCACAUAAUAAUGCAGAUGCAGAGGACAGUCUCCUGGCACUCCCCCUCCCAGAUCUGGGAAACCUCCAUGUGUCUGGUGUUACCAUGGCAACAAAUCAACCAAUGGAGAGCAGUGCUAACCCACAAGACAGCUACCUCAGCAAGGCACUGCCCCAUGGCUUAGGAGUGAACAAUCUGUCCUCUCCAACAUCCAAGAAAACUGAAAUUUCUAUUGUUGAGAUUGUACCAGGUCUGGGCCUUCCCUCCCCCGUGAAGGAGUUAGUUCGAGCUGCCGCAGCUCACGAAGCUACUCAAGUAGAAGUGCUGUGCAGCAGAAUCUUGGCACGGACCAACCAGGUGACAGGGGUGGUCAAUUCUCUGAUUGGAUCUGUAAAGGACCACAAGCAGGCUGAAAAACUCCAAUCUAAAUCAGCAGAGUUCACCAGAGUCACCCCAAGGUUAUUGGAACUGGCCAAGAGAAUCUCCACCAAUCAGAGCUCAGAGGUUGAAGAGCUGCACAGGAUUGGAGGAGAAUGGGCCAAUCAGCUAACAGUCCUUCAGCCAGCUGUGGACAGUCUCAUUGGUCCCUGGACUGCACCUGUCUCCGAGUUAGCAAGAAUUGCUAAGGAUGGAAAUAUAAACUUUCUCAUGAAAGAGCUGGAUGAUUUCCAUGAGAUUGCCAAGAGACUGAAGAGUCUUGCCAGCACAGCUGCCCAGGCUGUGGCUCUGCAGAAACAGAAGGGGGAUCCCCAGUUGGCUCGUACCAUUCACCUGUACGGGGAGGAGCUUGAGUCUCUGGCCUCCAGCAUUACUGGGGCUGCCAACUCAGUUGUCAGCGACACUGUAAACAAGGCUGAGGUGGAAAGGCUGGAUGGCCUGUGCACUGAGUGGUCAGGGAAAGUAGUCCAGCUGCUGUCCUCAGUUGACUCUGUCACCACAGAGACAGCCAUGCCCAUCAAAGUUGUGGCAACUGCAGCAAAUACAGGCAGUGACAGUUCUGUAGAAGACAGCAUGAGGGCGCUGCUGUCACACGUGCUGAGGCUGAGGGACAUGGCCAGCUGUGCAUCAGAGGGGUACACUAACCACCCCAUGGCCAGCAUGGUGACCCAGACCUUCAGCGCAGUGGACACCCUGGGGAAGGCUGUGGAGGAGGUGGCCAGGCUGGUGGCAGCCAGGGCCAGGACGUCCCUGGGGACUACCAACUCCCAUGUGGUACUGCGCAUGGAGCUGCUGCAGAGGGAGUGGGCUACAAAGGUGCUGUUACUGCAUGGACAGGUAGAUGGCAUGACGAGUGAGAUGUCUGCACCACUAGACAGACUGGCAGGGGCAGCCCUGGCUGUGUAUCAUGCUACAGGCCAGUCCAGGCUGACUCUGCUGCAGGAGUUCCAGAACCAGGCAGACAAACUGUCCACACAGGUCUCCAAAACCAGGCAGCACUGCCAGCAAGCCAUGACUGGCUCUGCUGAGACUGGGUACAAGGAGACGGUUCAGCUGGCGCUGGACACACUCAGCCGUGUCACUGCAGAGAUCAUCACAGCCACUAGAGAUAUGGCAGACACGGGUUCCACUGACAGUGCAGUGAGUGAGCGUUUCCAAGACCUGAAGCGACAGUGGGGAUGUAAAGCACUGCUGCUGUACAACACACUCCGGGCCAUGACAGGGCUGGACCAGGCAACAGUCACAGAGGUCAUGACAAGCUUGUUGGGCACAUCCAAUCUGCCAAGUUUUGCAAGAGUCAACAUGGCCGACGUCUCACCAGACACCUCCCUCAACCUGUCCCAAAUUUUCGGCUCUCCCCAGCCUGCCCCUGGGUUCUCUACCUCCCCCUCCUGGUCUACCCUGCCCAAGUGGUCCCACACCCCCUCCCCUGUCAGGUCCAGACCCUCCACCUCCCCAGACAGCAGUCCACGCUCCCCCAGGGGCCCUAUGGAGUCUUACAUGGGUCACUCCCAAAAGAGCAUCUCCCCUGCCAAACCAUCACGGGAGAUCCGCGUCACACCCAACAUGCUCGGCAUGCAGGCAGUACCAGAAGCUAGCUUAGGAGAUAUUGAACGAAGCACUCCUCCAAGACAGCUGAGGUCACCAUUUGAACCGUCCAGCAUCCGAUCUCCAAACACUGCCCAGACUGCAGUCUCCAACAAUCCAUCAGAACUGGAUGCUAACCAAUCAUCAAAGACAAUCGUGGCUGCUGCCUUGUCCCUGCAGCAGGAGGUGGAUAAGUGGGAGGAGGAGAACAACACCAUCGUCAAGGUGGCCAAAACCAUGUCUCAGCAGAUGCAGCAAAUGGCAGAGUACACACGAGGGCAUGGCAAAAUCAGGACCAAGGAGGAGUUCAUCAACACAGCCAAGGCCAUUGCAGCCAAUGGCAAAGUCAUCCAUAAGUUUGCCAAGAUCAUUGCCAAGUUCUGUAUAGACAGGAGAUGUUCAGAGGACCUGGUGUUUUAUGCCAACCAUGUACCAUCCAUGGGAACCCAGCUCAGCAUCAUUGCUAGUGUGAAGGCUGCUACUCCGCACGAUAAGGAGGCUGAUGCUGUCCUGGUGAAAAAUGCAGAAAACCUGAUGCACUCUGUGACAAGAACUCUGAUAGCUACAGAGUCUGCCUGCGUCAAGGGGCUACACCAACCACCGGAAGGGGGUGACGAGGCUGAGGCUGCUGCGCUGGCGACCCAGUGGCAGAGGAAACUGCAGCGCCACCGCAUGAUCGAGGCCAGCAGUCAUGACACCGACGACCUUGGGCUGAGAAGGAUCAACAGACAUGUGUCUGCUCCAACCUUGACUGAGAUCCUUGGUGCUCGGGCCAAAAUUCUUGGCACUGCUGUCUUGUAGUCUACACCACUUCAUCUGUUAGAACAUGCAGAUUCCUUGCUGUAGGUUCAAUCUUAUAGCACCCUCCCAGAUCUGUACAACUG